AUCGUCUUUCGUUGACCGCAGCCUCUCAUGUCUCAAUCUUUGAUCCAUUCCACGUUCCGAUGCCUUCUAUUAAGCAUGGAUUCCAUCGAUUCACAGCAUCGAUUGGAUUUUUAUGCAAGUCAUCGUUUGUACCGGCGAUGGACGGCGCGGACGACGGAUCCGUCGAAGCCGUAAGGAUCAGCACCGAGGUCAUGGUGGCCGCCGUCGCCUUCCUCUUCAUGGUCGUCGUCUUCGCCUUCUUCCUCUACCUCUACGCCCGCCACCGCCUUCGCUCCAACGGCGUCCGCUUCGUCUUCUCUGCCUCUACUGACGUCGGCCGCCGUGGCCUCGACGCCGCCGCGCUCGCCGCCCUGCCCACCACUGUCUACCGCUCCGCCGACUUCAAGGAGGCCGGCGGCCUCGAGUGCGCGGUCUGCCUUACCGAGCUCUCCGAAGGCGAGACGGCGCGGGUACUACCCGCCUGCGGCCACGGUUUCCACCUGGAGUGCAUCGACAUGUGGUUCCACUCCCACGCCACCUGCCCGCUCUGCCGCCGCCCCGUCGCCGGCGAACCGUCCUCCCCGAUAACAGAGCCGCAGAAUCCUCUUCCUCCGCCACUGCCGCUGCCGGAGGCUUCUCCCCGUGAACCGCCGGCGUUCCCGACGAACGUGUUGUUUUGGGGCGGCCAAGGUCAGGAAGGGGCACUGGCGAUCGAGAUCCCGAGGAGAGCAGUCGACGGAUUCGGGCCACAAGUCUCCCCGUCGCCGACGACGUCCGCUUCGGAGGAGCUGAGGUCGCCGGUUUCGGCGAGGUUCCGGUCGCUGCGGAGACUGUGGAGCCUGGGGAGGAGGACCGGUGCCGGCCCCUCCACGACUGAUGUCGUCGACGUCGAACAGGGAGUGGCCGAGGGAAGAGCUCCUCCGCCCAAGACUCCGACAGCGAAGCCGUGACUCUGCCGGAAAUCGAAUGUUAGAUCGGGCUCCGAGUUGCACCGGCCGCUCGCCGGUCACCGGAACUCGUUAUAAAAUUUUGAUUCUUUGCUGUAUACAAAGCAAAAAGUAAACAUACUUGUAACAAUUACGAUACUCUGCCCCUGUAAUUCGAUUGAGAUGGAGAAGAAUUCUUCUCAUCUCUUUCAUUCAAUUGAUCAAUUUUCAGUUAUUUA